AUGGGUUUCACCGACUUUGUCUCUGAUGCCGGCCUGACUCUGGCCAACAACUUCCUGUCCACUCGGUCCUACAUCGUUGGCUCCACCCCCAGCCAGGCCGAUGUCGUGACCUUCAAGGCUUUCAGCGCCGCCCCCGACGCUGAGAAGUACCCCCACGCUGCCCGCUGGUACAAGCACAUCGCCUCUUACGAGAGCGAAUUCUCCACCCUCCCCGGUGACUCCAACACUGCUUUCACUGCCUACGGCCCCGAGAGCACCGAGCUUCCCUCCAACCCCAAGGACAAGCCCGAGGAGGAUGAGGAUGAGGACCUCUUCGGUUCCGACUCCGAGGAGGAGGACCCCGCCGUUGUUGCUGAGCGCGAGAAGAACCUUGCCGAGUACAAGGCCAAGAAGGCCACCAAGGUCAAGCCCGCUGCCAAGUCCCUUGUCACUCUUGAGGUCAAGCCCUGGGAUGACGAGACUCCUCUCGAGACCCUCGAGGCCAACGUCCGCGCCAUUGAGUGGGACGGUCUCGUCUGGGGUGCCUCCAAGUGGGUUCCCCUCGCCUUCGGUAUCAAGAAGCUCCAGAUCAACCUCGUCGUCGAGGAUGACAAGGUUUCCACCGAUGAGCUCCAGCAGACUAUUGAGGAGGAUGAGGACCACGUCCAGUCCACCGAUAUCGCUGCCAUGCAGAAGCUGUAA